GCCACUCAUGUCGCGCCCGUGAUGCGUCAGUGGCUGCGUGUACCAGAGGAGAAAUGCGUGGGCUGAUCCCUGCCUCAAGGUUCCUUCACUGUGCUCCUCAGUAUUUAACAGUCGGCAGUCGACAGUCUAUCUUGAUCCUCCCUUCACAAAACAAAGCGAUAUCAUCACGAUAUCACCAUCGUUAUCGCGCUUCAACAGAGUGGGGAGUGGGCCUGCCCAUCCAGUUCAUCGAAGCUUCCCAGUCUCCAUGAAAACGGGGCCGUAGCA